AUGAGCAGAUCAGGGCAACCACCGGAUUUGAAGAAGUACAUGGACAAGAAGCUUCAAAUCAAGCUGAAUGCAAAUCGCAUGAUUGUUGGAACUCUCCGUGGCUUUGACCAGUUUAUGAAUUUGGUUGUUGACAACACAGUGGAAGUGAAUGGCAAUGAGAAAACGGACAUAGGGAUGGUGGUAAUCAGAGGAAAUAGUGUGGUCACGGUUGAGGCGCUUGAACCUGUGAACAGGACCUGA